GGAGGAGCUGGCGCGAGAAGAGCGUGCGCGCCUACGUCACCGCGCACGGCCCAACCGCCGACGUCGCCCCGUCUCCCUUCCGCCGCCACGUGACCCGACCGAAAUGGAAGAUGUGAGCUCCAAAAGGGUCAGCGAAUUCUUGCAGAAAUGCGUCAAGCUGGAGGAUAGCGAAGGGGACGCCCAGCCCAAGGAGGAGAUCAUAGAAGUGCAAACACUCCCUAUCAUUGCACCAUCCUACCCUCAGACAGUACAAGAGGAAAUAUCCAUGGUCUUCAAUACCUGCGCGAUGCCAGCCAACCUGGGCCCGUGCACCAGGCGGAGGCGCGAGAAAGGCAGUGGCCACGACGGGACGAGCGCCUCCCUCUACGUCGACCGCCGCAAAUCCAAGGUGUGGAACUACUACACGAAGCUGGGGGAUGCCUACGUGGAGUGCAACGUCUGCAAGAAGCAGCUCUCCUUCCACAACAGCACCACAACCAUGAGGGAGCACCUCGUGAGGAAGCACAGCAUCCGUGACACCCUGCUCUCCCAGCUGAAGGACGACCAGGUUUCCGACCCCGACUACGUGGCCCAGGAGACGGCGAUAAAAAGGGCCCGCCAGCUCACGCCCGAAAACAGCAACCAGUACCACGCCGUCUCCUGCGCUGAACCCAGGACGGAUGUGAUUUUGGAGCUAGUGCUGGAAAUGAUCUUCCGGGACCUGCACCCUCUCUCGGUGGUGAAGGACAAAGGCUUUGGCCUUCUGAUUGGCUAUCUAGAACCUAGCUUCAUUCUCCCGUCUCCGAUGCAGCUCUCUAGCAUGUUGUGGCACCGGUACAACGUGGUCAAGCAACACCUAGAACACUACCUGCAAACGGCCCAGUCGAUUGUGAUCUGCGCCGAGUUCUGGCUGUCCCAGCCCAACCAGACCUACUUGACCAUCAUGACUAACUUUAUCGACGGGGAGUGGAGGCGGGCGCGGUGCAUCUUGGAGACCCAGCAGGUACACGAGGACAAAGCGGAGAGUAACUUGGGAGACCGGCUGUACUCGGUCCUGACCGACUUCGGGCUGUCCAACAAGUCUGUCUUCUGCGUGAUGCACGACAGCCUGCAGGAUUUGGGGGCCAACUCCUCGCAACUCAAGUGCGUCUACGGCUGGACCAGCCUGUGCUGUGCCGCCCACCUGCUGCACCUGUGCGUCAAGGCGGGUCUCGAAGUGGAGCAGGUGCAGGAGGCCCUGAGCGCUGCACGCAGCAUCGUCUGCUACUUCCAGCAGGACGCGAAGGCCACCUGCUCGCUCAACAGCAAGCUGGAAGCCAUCAACAAGACGAAGCUGAAGUUGGUGAUGGACACUGGGGCUCGGUGGAUAACCACCAUUGAGAUGUGCGAGUGCCUGCUGGACCUCAAGUGGGCUAUCAUGUCCGUGUUGGAGGAGCACCCCAAGGGAACGGCGGUGGUCCAGAACUUGGCCGACCACCAGUGGAAGCUCUUGCAGGACCUGGUGCCCGUCAUGAGAACGCUCAAGAUCGCCACGUCCUUCUUGCGGGAGGAGCAGAACUUCUCCAUCUCCUCCUUGAUGCCGUGCAUCCAUGGCAUUGUCACAGCCAUUGGGCAGCAAUCUGAAGAAGCCAGCGGUGUCAUCAAGACGGUGGUGAGCAACAUCAGGUCGGAGCUCACCCAGCGCUGGGGCAUCUUGGAUGACGAGAAGUUGCUGGAGAGCCCAGCAGUGGUGGCAUCAUUCCUGGACCCACGUUUCAAGGAAAUGAGGUUCCUGAGCCCCAGUCUGAGGAGCGAGCUGCACAAAAAGAUCAAGAGCAUGCUCUCCCAGUUCUUCAAUCACCAGUCCCCGCUGUCCAACCAGUUCUGGGUGCCGAACACUGACUACAAAGCAGAGGUUGGCGAAACGGCCUGCCAGAUCUCUGCCCAUAAGGAGAGAGGCCCGAGCGGGCAGUCUCAGAGUAUGUACGACAUUCUUUUGGGGAAGGACCCCACGGAGAGUAUGCCUGAGAUCCAUCAGCAGCUGGAGAACUACAUUGUGGAGCCUCUCUGCAAGCGCAGCACGAACCCCUUGGACUGGUGGAAGAACAAUGAACACCGCUUCCCCUCCGUAGCCAGGUUAGCCCGGCAAUACCUGGCCAUCCCGGCGACGGUCGUGCCACCGGAACAGGCCUUUGCUGCCAGCGAAAGCGCUCUGGAGCAUCGGAGAGGUGUGCUUGCUCCCGAGAACCUGGACCAAAUCCUCUUCUUGCACCAGAAUUUCGAUUUUUUAGAAUCUAUGAGAAAUGGCAACGAGAAUCUGAGUAAGGCGGUUCACAACCAGUACUGAAAGACAGGUGUGCCGAGACCAGUGUAUUACGGUGUGGCCGCUACACUGGGAGAUGAGGAGGGAUGCAAGGUCUUGGAAGGGGACACCUUGGCCCUCAGCUUACUUUAGGGGAGGCACAGGUCCGGGCCUGAUCUUGCCUGCUUAAUUUAAAGAUGAAAAUUUGCCUGCUGUCUAAACUCACCCUUGUUCUUUGGCUGCAGUGGUAUCCCAGCCCACAACUCAAGAGUAGUGUUCUUUCUUGAAAGGGUGUGCAGGACUUGGAGCAGAAAACAGAACUUGGAAGGGCCAUACCCAACAAUAAUCUCGAAAGAUACAGGUGUGUUUCUGGAAGGCCAAUCCUAGUCGGGAGGUCUAUAAUAAACCUAACCAUUUACCUAUCUUAUCCUGGAAAAGAAGGCGAAUAGGGAGAGAAUGUAGAAAUCGCUCCAGAGCUCAUGGGGCUCACUUUAGUUUAGUGCAUUAUAAUGCUCUAGUGUGUGUCUUCAAUUUCAUUUGCCUUUCAGGUUCCUAUGAGGCCCUUCCAUUGAGGGAGACCUAAGGUGUUUUGAGCCUCCAUCACCCCUU